AUGAGUGACAAUGCUGUGACAAGUUCUGUUCGGAGUGUUCAGAAUGCGAAGGCAAAAGCUCUAAAAAAUGCAGUCUGGAAGACUGCACAAAGAAAAUGUGAGUGCCCUGCUGCAGAAGAACCAGCCGAGAGAGCACCUGCAAAAAAGAAGAAUUGCACAUCUUCCACUGGGCACAGAAUGGUGGGCAUCACUGCUGGUUCUCGUGCCCCAGGAAUCUCCAUGUCACCUAAAAAAUAUCGAGGAGAUAAAACAUCCAAACAGUUAGUCAUUGGUGAGGGACCUACUGAAGGCAAAGUUAGCAAUAUACCAACAUUUGUCUCGAAGGCCAAACAGCUUGACUUCCUGUUGAUGCAACCUACAUGGCCUCGUGUAACCAUGGCUGCCUCAAAGUUGUCACAAACGGUCAAACCAUUCCUGUUCUCAUCUGCUCAACCAAAUAUAAGGGCUCCUACUAGGACACCCAUCUGGGCAGACGAUAGUCCAUCAGAAGAGGACUAUCACGGUGGACUAACCUCAGAUGAACACUGCAACUCUUCAAAGGGCAACCUUGUAGAUCGCGACACUCAGGCUGACCACGUUCAUGAUCAUGAUCACACCACUGGAGGACCCAAACUGGUGUGGACUGAUACCGGAAAGAUCAAGCUAAUGGACCAAGACCUUGACACCUGUCAUGUGGUCCAAAGAGCGAUAUUAGAGGCCAAGGUUCACCUAACAUUUGUCAACGGAUAUCCAGAGCUUACUGAGAAAGGUCUGUUCACGUGGGAUGCACUUGUAACAGCAUCUAGCGCCUGCGGUGUCCCUCCCAUCCAGAAUUGGCUCAAAACUGAUGACUCAUAUUGUAUGGCUCUUGCAACUUUGGUUGAGGCUCGAGUGCCACUUUUUCGCAGUGAAUUAAAGGAUGAUGCUUGCGCACACAUCACUGCAUAUUACUGUCUUGGUCCUGAUUGUGUCAACGCUGCUAAAAAAUUGCUUGUGAACCAUGUUUAUCAUUUUGCACAACAUUUUGAUGAUAAAAAUGUUGCCAUUCCACAGGUGAACAAGCCUUACUCUGCUGACAUUUUGCCAUAUCUAAUGAAAGGACGCUACUUCAAUGGGCCAAAGUCAGUUGGUGUAAAGUUUUCAGAUCGCUUCAAGGAGAUUGCAAGCAACAAAGCCCAGCGGCCCGAGGUAACAAUUCCAAUGGUCGCAUUGACUACUACUUCGGUGUAUGCUGCACUAUUCUGGAAGUCCAGUGGAUCUCCAUCCAAGUUCAAUUUCACUGGUAACUUGUUCAGUGAGGUCUACUUGUUCCAUGCAAAAUUUCUUGAGAAAUUGAGGCGGGAUGCACCAGGCAAGUUUCACAGACUGAUGGCUGAUAUUUUCGAGGCUAUCCGCAAACUCUUCAUGAAUGGCAACAGUGAUGUAGGAUCACACAAUGAUGCAAUGGCUAUUCUCAAUCUUGCCAGCAUGGACAAUGACUCUGAGUAG